UGGCACAAGGUAGCCUAGAGAUUUGCCGGCUGCUGGCCCCUGCCUGCUGUGCGCCCGUGCGCCGCGCCUCCCUGCCUGUUCUAAGCAACUGCAAGCAGCAAUCUGCUUAACGCACGUCGGCGCCUCGCCGGCGCGACGGGCACAACAGCCCGCCUGGCAUUUGGCCCGUGACCGUGAGCCACCCACCCUACGCCUUUGGCACCGCGACAUGCCUUGCCGGCACACCCCAUCGAGGCGUCGACCAUCCCCGCCGCCGAUCACCCAAACUUCGCACGGCACCCCGCCCACCUUCGCCGAUGGAGCCCCACCUGCCCGCUCACCUCACGCGCCUCCUCAAGACCCAACCGCUGCACGCCCUCCUGUCCGACGCGUCCACCUACCGCGCCGCACGCCACCUGUUCGACGCGGUGCCCCGCCCGACAGCCGCCCUGUGCUGCGCUUUCGUCUCCGUUCUCUCAAAGCUCUCGCUGCACCAGGAGCUCAUCGAGGCCGUCUCCUCGCUACACCGCAGGGGUGGCGCCAUUCCGUCGGGCUGCAUCCCGCUUGUCCUAAAGUCCUGUGCGCUGUCGGCAGCGUCCUGCCAGGGCACCCAGACGCAUUGUCAUGCCCUUGUGCGUGGGAUGCUAGGAGAUGUGUUCGUGCAGACUGCUCUGGUCGAUUUCUACGCCAAGAAUGGCAACAUGGACUCAGCUGUGAUGGCCUUCGAGGAAAUGCCGAUCAAGGAUCCGAUACCGAUGAACUGCUUGAUCACUGGGUAUUCCAGAUCAGGGGAUGUGGAGGAGGCAAGGAGGCUUUUCGACAGUAUGCCGAGAAAGACGUCUGCUUCAUGGAAUUCGAUGAUUGCUUGCUAUGCACAUGGCGGAGAGUUCCAGGAAGCAUUGACAUUGUUUGAUCAGAUGUUGCGCGAGGGUGCAAGUCCGAAUGCUAUCACUAUCACGACGGUGUUCUCCAUCUGCGCCAAAACCGGUGAUCUUGAGACUGGAAGGCGGGCAAAGGCGUGGGUUAGCGAGGAAGACUUGCAGAACGUGAUAGUCCACACCGCUCUGAUGGAGAUGUACGUCAAGUGCCGUGCUAUCGACGAGGCACGUCGCGAGUUCGAUCGGAUGCCACGAAGGGAUGUUGUAGCAUGGAGCACCAUGAUUGCUGGUUAUUCACACAAUGGGAGACCACAUGAAUCUCUUGAGCUGUUCGAGAGGAUGAAGGCGACCAAUUGCAAGCCAAAUGAGGUUACUCUCGUUGGUGUGUUGUCUGCAUGUGCACAGCUGGGUUCUGAUGAACUUGGGGAACAGAUCGGGAGCUACAUCGAGAGUCAGACACUGCCACUUACCAGCUACCUUGGAUCUGCUCUGAUUGAUAUGUACACCAAGUGCGGGCAUGUUGCCAGAGCUCGCGAUGUCUUCCACCGGAUGGAACAGAAGGUGGUUAUUGCUUGGAACUCCAUGAUCAGAGGCCUUGCACUGAACGGCUUUGCAGAAGAUGCAAUCGCCUUGUACGGGGAAAUGGUAGGAGAUGGGGUUCAGCCCAACGAGAUCACCUUUCUCGCGCUGUUGACAGCGUGUACCCAUGCUGGCUUGGUAGACAAAGGCAUGGCAUUCUUCCAAGAGAUGAAGAAGAACAAGCAGCAUGCCUCUCCUCAAGUUGAGCACUGCGCUUGCAUAGUGGACCUCCUCUGCAAGUCUGGCAGGCUGUGGGAAGCCUACAAGUUCAUCUGCGACAUGGAAGUCGAGCCAAACGCGGUGAUCUGGACCACGCUGCUCAGCGCCUGCAGAGCCCACGCGGACGUCGAGCUUGCCAAGCUCGCCGCGGGCAAGCUUGUAGUACUGGAGCCCAAUAGCUCGUCGAUCUACGUUCUCCUCUCCAACAUCUACGCUGACGCAGGGCUCUGGGGCGAUGUGAGGGAGAUCAGAGACCUGAUGAGGAGCAAGAACUUGCAGAAGCUGUCCGCCUACAGCUGGAUCGAGCUAGACGGUGAGGUGCACAGGUUCCUGGUACAGGAUACGUAUCACCCGAGGUCAGCUGAGAUUUACAACGUCGUCGAUGGCCUGGGCUUGCAGCUGGAGAGGACUAGUCCUGAUCAUGAGUUAAUUUCAGAGGUUUGCUGAUUAAAAUUACUGUCAUGUCAGUUACAAUACUUUCUCGCCAAAUGUCAUGCAAUUUGUGCUCUGUAGGAGUACAGUUGUAGAAGCAUAAAAGGUGAAAUGCGUCGGAUAUUCAUGUUUUUUUUUCUUUCCUAGCUAUUUUAUGUUUCGUGUAGUCGUGUAUGAUUUUAUAUUUUUAUUAUUCCAGUGCAGUAACCACAUGCAUUGAAACUCUAGUAUAGUAGUAUUCACCUAAAUUCUCAUGCAUUCAAUGCAUGUAGAUUUGGCCUAAGAGCUUUGCUUAGGCGUCGUUCGAUUGUUACGGAUUGGUGGGUCGGAACGAUUCCUAACCUGAUUGCUUCUCUAAUUUAUAUAACUUUGAUU